AGUUAGGAGGCCAGGACAAAGAAGUUAAAGAAAGCCUAAUAUAUACGUGUUUUUGAAGGUGGGCAGAGGGAAAAAAAGUCCCCCCAGUGAGGGUCUAUGGGUCUGAUUGUGUAGUUCUGAUGGAGCCCCCCUUGAGCAAGAGGAACCCGCCAGCGCUGAGAUUAGCGGAUUUGGCAACGGCUCAGGGCAGGCCGCUUCAGAAUAUGACAGGCUUCCCAGCGCUGGCCAGCCCGCCCGCCCACUCACAAGUUCGCGCUACAGCCACGCACCUCCGCCCUCGGGACCUGAGCGCUGACCCCGGCGUGGCCAUCACUCCGCUCGGACCGGAGCACAAGGCUCAGGCGAGCGCUCUCGGCCUCAGCCCUCCCUCCCAGGCGCUCCCGGCACAGCCCGAGGCGCCGGCGGCCGCCGCCCGCCUUGCAGCCUCGGUCGCGCACCCCGGCGCCUGCACCUACCCCGGUGGCGGGGGCAGCAGCCGCGCGCAGCCCUCCGCGCCCCCGCCCCCAGCCCCUCGCCGCCCGCCGCCGCCGGCGCCCGCGCAGCACCCGCACCAGCACCACCCCCACCUCCCAGGGGCGGCCGGGGCCUUCCUGCGCUACAUGCGGCAGCCAAUCAAGCAGGAGCUCAUCUGCAAGUGGAUCGACCCCGACGAGCUGGCCGUGCAGCCGCCGCCGCCGCCGCCACCGCCCCCGGCCGGCGGCGCCAAGCCCUGCUCCAAAACUUUCGGCACCAUGCACGAGCUGGUGAACCACGUCACGGUGGAGCACGUGGGCGGCCCCGAGCAAAGCAACCACGUCUGCUUCUGGGAGGACUGUCCACGCGAGGGCAAGCCCUUCAAGGCCAAAUACAAGCUCAUCAACCACAUCCGCGUGCACACCGGCGAGAAGCCCUUUCCCUGCCCCUUCCCGGGCUGCGGCAAGGUCUUCGCGCGCUCCGAGAACCUCAAGAUCCACAAGCGCACUCAUACAGGGGAAAAGCCUUUCAAAUGUGAAUUUGAUGGCUGUGACAGGAAGUUUGCCAACAGCAGCGAUCGGAAGAAACAUUCCCAUGUCCACACCAGCGACAAGCCCUACUACUGCAAGAUCCGAGGCUGUGACAAGUCCUACACUCACCCUAGCUCUCUGAGGAAGCACAUGAAGAUUCACUGCAAGUCCCCACCACCUUCUCCAGGAGCCCUUGGUUACUCAUCAGUGGGGACUCCAGUGGGUGCCCCCUUGUCCCCUGUGCUGGACCCAACCAGGAGUCGCUCUAGCACUCUGUCCCCUCAGGUGACCAACCUCAAUGAGUGGUACGUUUGCCAGGCCAGUGGAGCCCCCAGCCACCUUCACACACCUUCCAGCAACGGAACCACUUCGGAGUCUGAAGACGAGGAGAUGUAUGGGAACUCCGAAGCUGCGCGGACGAUACAUUAGAAUUUAAUCGUCAUAAUAAUAAUAAUAAGUCAUAAGUGGGAGUCCUUGGACCAUAUCCUAACCUGAGACAAUGCCGAGCCUGAGACAAACCCUUGACUCAGACUUGCCACCGGGUCUAAUUAGCCCUAUUUAUUCAGUAUGAAACCCUAUGGUGUUUGUACAUUUAAUUAAUUUAAUUAAGAUAUUUGGGCUUUUUUUUUUUUUCUUCUUCCUCUUCUUCUCCUUAGAAAACAAACAAACAAAAAAACAACCAAGCUGGACUUGUACGUUGCAGGGGGACAGGGCUAGGAGCAAAAUGUACCAAGGGUUGAUCAUACUGCCAAUGCAAUAUACAUACACUUUGAAAGGAGCGAGAAAAAGCAUGAAGUCAGAGCUCCACGGAGCAGCAAGGCCCUCUGCAUUUCCUGCAGUGCCUCGAGAAUGCCUUUAACACCACAACGUGGGCUUCUUUGGAGCCUCUUCGCCUCCUCCUUGGCCCUCAUUCUAAAAAGGCCUCUUGAUUGUAAACCACACACUUGCUGCAUUGCCAACAGAUCUUAGACUGCACCUGUGUCCAAAACUAUUUGUAAAAACCCUUUAAGUUCUAAUACUUGUAAUUUUAAAUUUCCACUCUUUUAUUACCGAUCUCACCUUAACGCGCUAUUUUUAUACAGGAUUAUUUCCUCAGUACCCCGCUUGUAUGAUUUAAAGAGAAAAAGAUGCAGCAAACUAAUACGUCUCCAUUUAUUGUGCUACUGUGACUGUUCAGCGGAAGUGGAGAGAAGGAAAAGCUGCUGCAGUAGAUAACUGUGAAACUGUGAUAUUUUGUGAAAUAGAAGAAAUUCAAGUGCUUUCUUUUUUCUCUGCCGUUUUUUGUUUUGUUUUUUUUUUAAAUCUGGAAUCUCAGAUGCCGCCUCUUGACUGGGUCCAAACUUCUCGUGUAAUAAAAAGAUCAGUCUUAGAUUAAGUUUUUUUGGGAUGCCAAAAUGAACAGGCCAGUCUAAGGAGGUGUGAUGUUGGCAACAUUCCUAUUUUUGGGGAAAGCUGUCGUUUUUAAAACAGGCCAAGCCCUCGUUUAUACUGUUGUAUCAACCUUUUAAAAAGUCUUUAUUUUUCAAUGCCCGAAACUGCAUUUUCAUGCAUUUGCCCCGCCCCUGAGCACUGAGCACACGGAACUGGAUCCCAUUUGAAAAUGACAGUGUGUGAAGUGUAUGAUUUACAUUAAAAGAGGGGAGGGAGUUGCUAUACAUAUUAAAAUUUUUAAAAGGUUUAUAGUUACCACCAAACACUGAUGAAUGUGUGACCUUUGCCAGAGCUGUCAAGCAAGGACAAAAAGGUCAAGGACCUAGGACAAUAACUCUUAGUCAAUUUAUUUUCAGUUCGUGCAACACAUCUCGCGCAAAAUAUAGCCCAUCAUAAACAUCAUACAAAUAUACUAAAGAGCACUAAUUUAUCCUCAGAGACCCUGAAGACACCCCCUCCCCAGGGUUUGUAGAAAUUUGUUUUGUGUGCUGUGAGUGGUUGAUGCAGUCUUGUCAUUGUUAAUAACUUGUAUGUGAACACUAUUAUUUGUACAGUUGAAUUAAUUUAUUUUCAGACAUCAUUCUUUGUUUUCCCUGGAAGAGUUCAAAGCACACCAAAGAAUUAUAUUAUACAUUUUGGUGAAAGAUUGUCGUUUAUGACCCAUGGUUUAUUUAAGGGAAAAAAAAAAAAAAGGAAAGAAAAUGGGGGAAUAUAUUUUUAAGCUUACUUGAAUGAACAACGUAAUGUGAAAACCAGGACUCUUCCUGCAUGUCUUUUUUGCAUUGUGUUGACGAGAUUAUAUAUAGUUUAUAGAUAUAUUAUAUUAUUAGUACAGUGCAUGGUGCUGUCACUUUGAAAGCCUUUCAAUGUUGUCUUCAGAUUGUAACAGUGAAUAUGAAACAUGCAGACCCUCCUUUAUAAAGAAAAAGACCAUAAAACUUGAAUAUAAAAUAAUUCUACAUUUUUAAAGUUUAUUUGAUUUUCAUAUUAUUCACUUUCAAAGCUCUUUCAAAUAGACGAAAUAGGUAUGAACUUCGGGGGGAUAAUUUAUGUAUCGUAAACUUAUUAGAACAAAAUAUUCCUGAUUUAUAAUGAGUUGUUUUAUUUAUACAACUUUUUCAAUGGUAGUUUGCACUAUUCUUUAUUAUGCUACAGGUUUAUUUAUUAUGAAACAAAGGAAUAUGUAUUUUAUGUAUUUUGCCAUGCAUAGGUUUGCUCUGCCACAGAUUUAUUGGUUCCUGAUACACCUAAAAUGAAAACUUAAAAUGUGUACCUCCAAUAGAAAGAAAGAAUGAUUAUGAAGUGAAAAAUUUAAUAAAGGUAUUCUUCCUA